AUGCUGUCACGUGUUGCUGCAGUCAAGGCACCCAACAAACACAGCCGUCGCCGCGUGAGCGGAUCCAGCGGAAGGGGGAGGGAAGGAAGAGAGAGUGAGCCGCAGAGGCCCAACAUGUCCUGGCAUGUGUUUGCUUCCGCCGUGCUGCUGCUCCUCGUCGUGAUGAUGUGCUGCGGUACCUGUGGAGCUGCGGCCGCUGGAGGGAAUAAUGGGAAGAGUGAUUUAAUAAAUAUUCAUAAGCUGCAGGGAGUCGAUCUAUUUGUGCCGCAAACGACGCUGGUGCAGCCGAAAGAGUGGACUGCUGCAGGUACGCCGAGGGAUUCAUUUGUUACACCCUCUCUCGUCAGUGCCGGUGGAGUAAUUGCUGCUUUCGCCGAAGGUCACACGAACGCCCAAAAAGACGGUGCUCAAUCAAUUACGCACUUUUACUCUGACGUUGUUGCGGGGUACAUUGACUCUGCGUGGAAUUGGUCCACUCUUGUUGCUGAGAUCAAUAAAAGCACAUGGAGGGCACACACCGUGCUUACUGCAACGGAGGCAAAAGAACAAAGUUUGGUUGUUUUUCGCCAACCGACAACAAUCGCGAAGGGCAAUAAAGUGUUUCUUCUUUCGGAAAGCUCUAUUUGGUCCUAUUCACACGGGAACUUUUAUUGGGACAGAUUGGACCCUAAACUGGUUGUGGGUACUGUCACGAAUUCUACGGGCGGCGAGCCGAGUAAACGGAUUAAAUGGGGUGCGCCCAAAUCGCUGUUAAGCGUGAAUACUUCUGCUGCUUCUCACGAAAGCAAAUUUGAGAGUUUUUUUCCUUCUGGUGGCUCAGGUGUUCUGAUGGACAAUGGCGCGCUCGUGUUUCCCGUGAUUGCGUUUGAUGGAAAAGAUGAGGGUUACUCCAUGAUCAUUUAUUCGACGGACGACGGCGAAAAAUGGAUGCUCUCUGAGGGCAUGUCCCCUGCGAAAUGCUCUAACUCCCGCGUCACCGAAUGGGAGGGAUCACUUCUCAUGAUUGUUGAUUGCGAGGUUGGCCAGAGGGUGUACGGGUCGCGUGACAUGGGGGAAACGUGGACGGAGGCCAUCGGGACACUCUCAGCCGUGUGGACCAAGUCAAAAUCAACAGCCAUUUUGGAUCGGAGCUUUUAUGUGGAAGCCCUCAUCACCGCGACCAUUGAGGGAAGGAAGGUCAUGCUGUACACUCAGCGAGGGUACGCCUCGGAGGGUGAAGCGGAAAGAGCGCUCUAUCUUUGGGUCACGGACAACAUCCGCACGUUUUGUGUUGGGCCGGUUGCCAUGGAGGAUGGCAUGAAUUGGUUGUUUGCCAGCAGCCUGCUGUACUCGGAUGGCAAUUUGCUUCUUUUACAACGGAGGGGCGAUUAUGAAAGCAGUGUCAUGUCGCUUUCUCGACUGACGGAGGAACUGAGUACAAUCAAGUUUUUCCUCAGUACUUGGGCGCAAAAGGACGCCUUCUUCUCCAACUUGACUAUACCCACGGCGGGUCUGGUGGCAGUUUUGUCCAACGCAUUGUCCGGUGGUGACACGUGGAUCGACGAGUACCUUUGCCUGAAUGCGACGGUGACGCCUAAUGCAAAGAAGGUCAAGGAUGGAUUGCAGCUGACGGAGCCUAGCUCCAGGGUAUCAUGGUCCGUGAACACUCGGGGUGAUAAUGUGCGUCAUGUAUCCUUGAGCCACAACUUCACACUUGUGGCGUCGGUGACCAUCGAAGAGACUCCGAGUGGGAACACUCCUCUACUGACUGCGGUGCUGGCGCACACUGAGUCCAAUCAUACCAUGGGAGUGUCGUAUAGCCACAAGAAGAAGUGGGAGACGACGUUCGAAGGCAAGACAACAACACAGAGCAGCACUUGGGAGCCGAAGAAGGGAUACCAAGUGGCACUCAUGCUGCAAGGCAAUAAGGCCUCUGUGCACAUUGAUGGUGAGUCGCUGGGGGAGGAAGAGGUGCUGUUGACAGGCGAGAGGCCACCUGAGGUCCUGAGGGUUUGCUUUGGGGCGUGCAGUGAGGAUGCCGGCCAGAAAACUAAGGUGACGGUGAAGAACGUCUUUCUGUACAACCGCCCACUGAACUUCACUGCGAUGACUGCACUCAAGGACAGGGCCCCCGUUCCGACGAGAGAAGCGGCUCCGACACCAUCUGAGAGGGUUCGAGUAGUUGACAGCGUCAGAGAGCACAUUGCUGGGGAUAUUACGGAAGAGAAAUGA